AUGUCUUUCAACGGCGAGUGGAUACCUGGCGCUACCUUUUCUGGUCGCGCUUUUCCUGACAGCGCAGUCGAUACCUCUUUGGCCAACGCUAGCGCUCCUCGUUCAACCGACGGAGAUUCUAUCGCUUCUGAAGAAGGUUCCAUCGCCUCCGAUGACGAGUCUAAAAUUGCAAACGAUGAAAUAACCGAUAAUAACACCACCGACAAUGUUGCUGACUUAAUCGAUCCUAAUGCGGUAGCCUUUGCAACAGGUGCAUCUCCGCCUGCUUAUCGCCUGGCCGCGCUGCCUCUUGGUUCUCCUGAGAACCCAAUCGAAAUAGAGGAUGAAGAUGCGGCUAGCCACCCAGGAAAUAAUGAAGAAAUGAAUGACUAUGGGCGACUAGACAGCCCCAGGUUUGAUCCAGUCGAGAUUGUUCCCUUUCAAACCAUGGUUGUUGAUGAGGAAGACGUCCUCCGUGCUCGAGAACGCAUCAACCGAUGGUUCAAUAAUCAUAUUAGACACAACUCCCGACGAGUUUUACGAGGUCGAUCCCGCCGUGCACGCACCGCCGCCGGACCAGUAGAGCCGUAUUGGACGGUCAAUGAGCUUAUGGACUCUGUUUUGGAGGAGUUGGAUGAUGUCUUGAAUAACGCGUCACGUGUUGAGUUGAUCCACGUAUAA